AUGCGUAUUCUUCUUACAAUUGCAGUGAUGCAUAGAUGGCCCAUUGUGCAGCUUGACGUGUCGAAUGCAUUCUUACAUGGUGUUUUAUCGGAGACUGUAUUUAUGAAACAACCAGCAGGGUUUGUAGAUCCUCAACAUCCGCAUCAUGUUUUCUUGUUACGCAAAGCUAUUAGUGGUCUCAAGCAGUCGCCACGGCAGUGGUUUACCACCUUCUCAGAUUAUAUCAUCCAAUAUGGCUUUAAGACUAGCACAGCCGAUCCCUCUCUCCUCUUAUUUCAUAAAGAUACAACUCAACUAUACAUCUUAGUGUAUGUUGACGAUAUUUUGCUAACAGACAACUCUCAAACCACAAUUGAUCAAUUAAUUACUGCACUUCACUCUCAGUUCUCCAUGAGAACUCUUGGAAAAUUGAAUCAAUUUCUUGGUCUUCAGGCUGCUUACACCGAGAAUGGCAUUCAUCUUAAUCCGACCAGUUAUGCACAGGAAAUUCUCAGCAAGGCUGCCAUAUCCGAUUGCAAACCUGUGCAAUCACCCUUGCCGUCCAAAUUACCAUCUGCUGUAGAGGACAGACCUCUUUAUUCUCGGCCGGAUUUCUAUCGCCAACUCGUUGGCUCACUUCAAAAUUUAACCAUCACUCGUCCUGAUCUACAGUUUGCUACCAAUUAUCUGUGUCAACACAUGCAUAAACCGCACACAAUUCAUUUUCAGCUGCUCAAACGUGUGUUGCGUUAUGUCCAGGGCUCUCUGCAUCUAGGCUUACCAAUCAGUAGAUCCAAUCUACAACUCAAUGCCUUUGCUGACUCUGAUUGGGCCACAGAUAAAUCUGACCGUCGAUCUAUUACAGGAUAUUGUGCUUUCCUCGGCGACACAUUAAUCUGCUGGAUGGUUAAGAAACAAACUUCAGUCGCUCGAUCUUCCACCGAGGCUGAGUACAGAGCAUUGUCUACCGCUGCUUGUGAUCUCAUCUGGCUCCGUCGACUGCUCAUGGAGUUUCAAGUGCCUCUCACAUCACCUACAAAAUUAUACUGUGACAAUGUCUCCGCACUUGCUUUAGCCAACAAUCCACUUUUCCAUGCUCGAACUAAGCACAUUGAAAUUGAUUUCCAUUUUAUACGAGACUAUAUUCGUUCUCAGUACAUUUUAGUACAUCAUAUCUCCACCGAAGACCAGCCUGCUGACAUCUUUAUGAAGUCUCUAUCUGCUGUGCGUUUUGCUGCUCUUCGACACAAGUUAACACUUUGUUCACCAACUGUUAACUUGAGGGGGCCUGAUAAGGAGAAAUGA